AUGUUUUUGGAUGGACGUUUAACAGUCGAAGCCCAAAAGCGUUGGCAAGCAAUAGAAGGUAGAGAAAGGGCUAUACCAAUAGAAAGUCAAUCAACUGCUGCCCGUCGUUUUGGAGCAAAUUCGCGUUCAAGUUCUUAUUCUCCCCGUGAUCAAUUUUAUGAUUCUGGUAGAGGUACUCAAGCUUCUGAUUAUUAUAGAGGCGAUAGUAGAGCUGGAGGUGGAGAUUAUUUAUUAUCUCCUAGUAGAAAUGGGGGUUAUAAAAGUGAAUAUGAACAGAGACAAACGGAUGCUAAUGGAAUGAGACACGAAGCGCGUAGAGAAGAAUUUCGUGAAGAGUUCCGACGAACAGGCUCAGCUGCAAAUGCGCUUUCACCUCCAACAUCAAUUUACCGUCCACCAUCUCGUUUAAGCGCUGUUGACAGCGUUGGAGGUGGAGGAGGGGCAGGAAGUCAUCGUUCUGAGUCUCAUUUUCGACGUACAGCUUCUGCAUCUCGUAAUGAAUAUCGUGGGGGAUAUAAUGGAGCUGAUCAUUUAUUGCGCCCAGCAGAAGAAUUGGGUGGACGUUCUUCUGUUUUUGGCCGUAGUGUGCCUAUUCAACGUGCAUAAAUAAGAGAGGAAAAAAGAGAGAAAGAAAAAUAAACUUGAAAAUGUUAAAAGAAAAUACAUACACAAGUCUUCACUUAUAUAAAAUAAACUUUCCGGAUUAAACACUAAAAAACACGAGUUAUACAAAAGAAUAAAAAUCAGAAUUUUUAGAAGUUUUCCGGAAAAUACAAAAAUCGGAAUUUAUUUUUAAACAUUUUCCGGAAAACACAAAAAUCAGAAUUUUAAAAUAUUUUCCGGAAAACACAAAAAUCAGAAUUAUUUUUAAACCUUUCCGGAAACAAUAUUUUUAUAUUUUUUCCGGAAAACACAAAUCAGAAUUUUAUUCAAGUUUCCGGAAAACACAAAAAUUAGAAUUUUAUUAAAACAUUCCGGAAAACAAGUUCUUUUUAUUCUUUUGUAUAACUCUAGUAAAACACAAAUAAAAUACAUUCUGAUUUUAUUUUAAAACACAAGUUAUAUCUUCUUUAGUUAUCUUUUUAAAGUUGUAAUAAAAAUACAACCCAUCUAAUAAUAUUUAAAAAAAUUUUUUUAAAUAAUUUUAUUUUAAAUGUAGGAAAAAAGGUACACAGAAAAGGAAAAAAAAUAAUUUUUGAGACUGGCAGAAAAAAAUGGGCGUUUUUUCUUUACUAAAAAUUCAGAAAAGGGCAAAAAUGGAUAUGGAUGGAUAAAUAUAAGGGGAAGUAAUUU